UUUAACCAGCAACGCCAGCCCCUUGCGGCACCAUGAGCUCACAUGAGGCCGCUGUCAUCGGGAAGACACCAGAAAGGACGGCGUUUCCCUGUUCUUAAAAUCCAGCAGCGUUUCUCCAUUAUCACGCUUAAAUCUCUGGCGUGUGGAGAAGGCUCCGAGAGCGGCGGAGGUCACAUGAUCUCGACGGACGACGCCGAGUACCCGCGGGAAUACCGCACCCUGGGCGCCGGUGGCUCGCGCCGCUUCUCCAACGUGGGCCUGGUGCACACGUCCGAACGGCGCCACACGGUUGUCGCCACUGUCGCCGGCGGUGGGCAGAGUGUGGAGCCCAAGGUGGACGCCGAGCGGAAGAGGGACGCUGUCAUGGAGCACCUGAAGAACAAGUACCCUGGGCAGCAGGGGGGCACACACACCCCCUCCUACGGCAGCCUGCGGGUGCCCAUGGAGCGGCCCCGGGAACAGCAACAGCCAAACUACUGGAGCUUUAAGAGCCGGAGCCCACGACACUCUCAUUCCACCCAGUCUGGCCUGGCUGACCAGGCCGCCAAAUUGUCCUACGCCUCGGCCGAAUCCCUGGAGACCAUGUCGGAGGCCGAGAUCCCAUUGGGCUUCAACCGCAUGAACCGGUUACGGCAGAGUCUGCCGCUAUCACGCUCUGCUAGCCAGACUAAGCUGCGGUCACCAGGUGUCCUCUUCCUGCAAUUCGGGGAUGAGACGCGGCGGGUGCAUAUCACCCAUGAGCUGAGCAGCCUGGAUACUUUACACGCGCUCAUUGCCCACAUGUUUCCCCAGAAGCUCACCAUGGGGAUGCUCAAAUCCUCCAACACAGCCAUCCUCAUCAAGGACGAGGCACGCAACAUCUUCUACGAGCUGGAGGACGUGCGAGACAUCCAGGAUCGCAGCAUCAUCAAGAUCUACCGCAAGGAGCCCAUCUACGCUGCAUACCCUACCGCCCACUUAGCCAAUGGGGACCUGAGGAGGGAGAUGGCAUUCGCCUCCCGGGAGUCGUCGCCAACCCGCCGUCUUAACAAUGCCCCCCCUUCAUCCUCGCCCCCCUCGGGCUCACCCUCCCGCUCCCGCCUCUCCUAUAGUGUUGGCCGCCCCCCCUCCUUUGCUGGUCCCGGUCAUGCACCCCCGCAUCCCCACCACCCACUGGUGGCGCACACCCAGGCCGGCCUCUCACCCUCCCCAAGCGCCAUCCUGGAACGGCGUGAUGUCAAGCCGGACGAGGAGGUAUCCACUAAGAACAUGGUGCUGCUGAAGAACGAGGGCCUGUACGCCGAGCCCUAUGGCCUGGUGCACGAGGGCCGCCUCAGCAUCGCCUCUGCCCAGUCACUGGCCGUCGGCGACCCUUUCACCUUUCCCGUGCCGGGGGCGCUGUACCGCCGCGGCUCCGUGCGUUCGCUCAGCACCUAUUCCACCGCAGCCCUGCAGGGGGAGGUAGAGGAGGCUCUCUACAAGUCUGGGGGCCCGCUGUACCCUGAAGCUUACGCCACACUGGGGAUGGGCUUCCGCAUGCCGCCCUCGUCCCCACAGAAAAUCCCCGAUGUGCGGGACCGGGACUCCUACUCGGGCUCGCCCAGCCGAGGGUCCCCUGUGCGCCAGGGCCUGCGGAAGGACUCCAGCUCCUCCUCCGUGUUUGCAGAGAGCCCCAAGUCUCGCACGGGGUCCGGCUCUGAUGGGCUCUGUGGGGCCCUGGUGCCUGCAGGGGAAGCGGCCCGAGGAACGCCAGGGUACAGCUCGCCCCUUCCAGGCAAUGAGGUGGACACACGGGAGCGGAUGGAGGCGAUGGAGAAACAGAUCGCCAGCCUCACUGGUCUAGUGCAGAGUGUGCUGACCAGGGGUCCGGACAGUGACAGCACUGAGAAGACUGAAUCCACUAGUGACUGUUCAGGCACAGGAACUGGACGCCUUAAAAAGCGGAGAGCUCUGACACCCUCCGCUCCUUUGGCCUUGAUGCCACCUCCUCCAGCCAGCGCCACGCAGGCGACCACAGUCUCUCGUCUGCAGAUGCAGCUGCACCUGCACGACCUGCAACAGAAUGCCACCGAGCUGCGCGACCAGCUGUCCCAGCUGCGCAAGAUGCAGCUCCAGAACCAGGACUCGGUGCGAUCACUGCUGAAGCGGACAGAGACAGAGAUCAGCGUACGGCUGACGGAUGCCCUCCGUAAGCAGGAGGACCCCCUGCAGAGACAGCGCCUCCUAGUGGAGGAGGAGAGACUCAAGUACCUCAACGAGGAGGAACUUGUCAUCCAACAGCUACAUGAUUUGGAGAAGUCAGUGGAGGAGAUCCAGAAGGACUCAUCGGUGAACCAGAAACUCGUGACAGUGCAGGAGCUUGAAGAAAAGACUGCAGCACUGAGGAAGCUGGGAGAGACCCUCACAGAGCUAAAGAACCAGUUCCCCAGCCUGCAGAGUAAGAUGCGUGUAGUGCUGAGGGUGGAGGUAGAGGCUGUCAAGUUCCUUAAGGAAGAGCCACACAGGCUGGAUGCUCUGCUGAAGCGGUGCAAGACCAUCACUGACACACUGGCCACGCUGCGCAGGCAGACGAACGAGGGAAUCUGGAAGGCUCCGGAGGAGUUUUCCAGUCAGUCCCCCAAGCAGGCGAGCGAUUUCAGCAAAGCUACUGACUUCGAUAUUCCAACAAGCCCACCCUUAAACUUCAACAGCCUGGGGGGGAACGUUAGCUUGUCUAGCUGGACUCCCCACUUGGGCUUGACUCACGGCAACCCUACCAGCCCCCAUCAUGACCCACUGGCACCCACGUCCCUCAAGAAUCGGGCCCUGGAAGAGCUGUCGGGCCGCCGCAGCACAGAAAAAUCGGUGUCCGUGGAGGUUAGACUGGCAGCAGAACGGGACUGGGAAGAGAAGCGGGCCAGCCUCACCCAGUACAGCGCCCAGGAUAUCAAUCGGCUGCUGGAGGAGACCCAGGCUGAGCUCAUGAAAGCCAUUCCUGACCUGGACUUUGCAGCCAAGCAGAUCAACAAGCCUUCAACGGCCAACGCAUGCGAAAGCGCCGGUAGCACGCCAGAGCACCGUCCCAGCAAACCCCAGCACACAGCUCAGAAGCUGGCUGGCAAGGAGGCCAGCUUCUGUCGGGGAUCUGAAAGGGUUCCUGUCAAGGAUGUCAACGAUCUGCCCACAGAUGAGCUGACAGUUCCCCGCUAUCGCACCGAGAAGCCCUCCAAGUCCCCCCCACCCCCACCCCCCCGGCGGAGCUUCCCCUCGUCCCACGGGCUCACCACCAAUCGCACUGGGGAGGUCAUCGUCACAAGCAAAAGUGUUAAGAAGGCAGAAUCGGAGGAAAUGGAGACACCAAAACCCCAUGUUAAGCUGAGAAGAGUCUCCUCAGAGGCACCACGGCCCUCCUCCACACCCCCAGUCAUUGCUGCUUCUGGGGUGAGGGAUGAAGAUGAUGAGGAGAAGAUAAUCGCUGAGCUGGAGGUGUUUCAAAGAAACCCAGUCAAAGUCAAAGUGUCCCCUCCCCACUCCCUGCCCAACACCUUGCUCAAGACCCGUGCCCCCCCUUCCAGCCUGGACCUGAGGUCCUCAGGGCCCCUGAGAAGGAAGACCAGCAGCGGCUUCUCCCCCAGCUCUGGCAAAGGCCCCCACCCCACCGCCACCUCACGCCUCAAGCACUUGCAGCAGAGCAAUCCAGAGAAGGGCAAGCCGGCCAAGCAGCGGGAGGACUUCCUCAAGGUCCAGGGCCAGCCGCAGCAGUGAACUCUCUACCCACUCUCUUGCUUCCUCCAAACCCUCUUCGUCCCAAGCCCAGCUUUAUCUGGCUUCUGAGCGCUCACUGCCCUCCCUUCGCUGACCCUGAGGCCCCGCCCAUCCGCGCCUCGUACUCUGCCCCCCAGAGCCGCUCUGCUCCAGUGCACGCUGUGUGCCUGCAGUCACGUUCUUCCAGUGUCUUGGACUCAGGGGAAGAACUACAACCCCAUUAUGCCAUGGCGAUCUCUCCGACCCUAAGACUAUAGCUUCUCUUUUUGUUUCAGUAUUCUUCUCUAAACCCUGCCCCCAAAUUGCUCCCUCUUCUUCUUCUUCUUCUUCUUCCUCCUGUUCCUCUUCUUCUCCUGCCCUGGGAGCUGUGCCUCUAGGCUCUGGGCAGCAGCAGCAGCAGCAGUAGAUUCUCGGAGCCGCUCUUCAUCUCUGGCACCAGGACCAUCAGCUUCUUGGGCUACUCGCUGCCCUCGGCCCCACCGUCCUCCAACAGCCUCUUCGCCCUGCAGAUGAAGAGGUUCCCCCAGGAGGGGGUGCUGUCCUCCUCCUUGCCAGCCUCCAUCCUCCCAACCAAUGCCCCCAAAGUCUCAGUCUCCAGCCUGAGCUCUGAGGCCCUCUUCCUCCCCCACCUCCUGCCAGAACAUAGUUAAAGGACAACAGUCCCCUCCCUGCCCUGGCUCCACCCUCUUGUUGCUACCCAACGGGCAGUCCGACACAGCCACCUCUGCCUCUCCAGCCUUUGCCACCCCUUCAUGCUCACCACCUACCCCUUCACCAUCAGCUUCGCUCACCCCCUGCACAAUGAACCGCAGCCAUGACACCCCCCUAGAAGCAUAUCAAUGAAAUCCUAUCAUGAACCCCCUAAUGAAUGGCACAUGCUGUGACAAUGGAGAUAUGAUGGAAGAUUCAGGAGUUUCAGUCCAAGCUCCAUGACGUGCCAAGAACUCAAGAUAAAAGCACAAAGAUUUAUCCAUCUCACCCCAUCUUCAUCCCCACUCCUUUCAAGGCAAGAGUGUGAUACUGGGACCAAAAUGGAAGACCUGAACCUUUUUGCAUUCCUUUAUCCCUUUGGGUGCUACUCACUGGAUGCACAUUGUUCCAGAUGAUGAUGUUGACUUUUACACAAAACAACAGGAGCCAGUUAAAGAAGAGUCACCUUAUCACAGCAAUCUAUUUUGCUAGUUCUCAAAGAGAAGUAUCAUCAGCAUAAUUAUAGAGGCUCAGAACACUGCAUACUCCCCAUUUGCUAUGUUUCAUUCAUCCCCUUUGCACAACGCACUCUGUCUUGUCGCUCUCUGCUCUAUGAAUUGUGCUGGGUCCCUUGUCUCUUACUGCCAUCCUGAUUAGGGUGGAUUGGCAAAACUCAAAGGGGAAAUUCUGAUCCCAUCCACUGAUGCCAAAUUUCUGGGGAAAAGAUCUGCAGGUCAUUUACUAAGUAUGUUAUAUAUCUGAUUAGAACAUAUUCAAGACAGAAGUGCAAUAAUGUGGUGGAAUGGCGCUUGGCAUGUGUGUAAUAUUUUGCUGUCUCUUUUCAGUAAAACAGUAAUCAAUGAAGAAGAAAAAAAAGCGUGAAUUUUAACCUUUUUAUUGCUUGUGUCCAGCCCAUAGAAAUACUGGUGCUAGACUACGUUUGUAUCACGUCUUUGGCAGAGAUUCUCAGUUCAGUCGAUGGAUUUCUCCUGCCUGCUUUAACGUAAUGUCUGAAGCUAUUUAAAAAUGCAGCCUGCAGACUGAUUGUUCUGUGGGGAAGGAUGCGGUUGGAAUAACUACAGAGGAUUUAAAAAGUCCAGACUGUGUUAAUUAUACUCCAGCAUAUUUGGAAAUCUUGACUGUCAUGUGGUCAGUUCAAUAUUUUGUGACAUCAUGGGGGACUGGGCAGUUUUAGGGGCAUGUCAUGCUCACCAAAGCACUGUCUCAUCUGAAUUCUGCCAGCCACAAAGCAGAGAGCUGCAGAAGAACUGCUAGGUUAAUGAAACCAUUCGUAGAUGGUUCCUUCCAUUGCUAAUUGUUACCUUUGCUGGCAAAUAUGACUUACCUAAAGGCCCAAAUCAGCCUAAGCAGAAAUAUUACUAGUACAUUUUUAUUCUUUCCCUGUUCUCUGCGGCUUCUUGGGACCACUGACUCUCAGAAUGGAAAGGUGGAUUUCUGUAGAUUCCUGAAGGAUGGAUGGGUAGGAGCUCGCUGCUGGUCACCAAAAGUUGGGAUGUCACAUUGUUGGGUUCCUUAUUAGCAAUGUCCUUUAGCUUUCACACUGGAUGAGAAACACAACCUUCGCACACUUUACCAAAAAGUACAAAAAGCUUUCAGUCUGUUUCACUGAAAUGUUUGUGAAAACAUAACAUAGGUCCAUCUUUGGAUUAGAGUAGGAAAAGGAAUGUAAACCUAAGGGAAAUUAAGACACAUUCUUUUGAUGUUUUUUUGACAAUGUGAAAGCACAUUACUGAUUUGUGAUUUUUUUUUAGCAAUGUGUUUGGUUUGCGAAGUAGAUCACAGUACCUGCAGCUCUCAGUAAAUCUAUGUUUGUUGGAAACAGUUCAUUACAAUUGUAUCAUUUCCAACUAGAUCCCAGCUAUAAAUGGCUUAUAGCCAAGGUCAGAUUCUCUCAUUAUCAGGUUGUACAGUAGAUUUAGUGCACAUAAAAUGUGUAAUGGUAUCUUCCUAUAGUUUGAUGAAAAAUACAGAUUGUCACCCAGAGCUAUAGCCUCUUUCUACCGUGCAUUACCAUAAAAUCACUGUGCUCAAUGUUGCUACAAUUUAUUUAGUUAGCAGAUGCUUUUAUCAAAAGUGAUAUACACUUGAAAGCAGAGUCAGACAGUCCCUAGGGUGAUUGGGGGUUAUGGGUCGUUGCAAAGAACUAGUCAUGUUUUAGUAGAGGACGGUUUCAAUCCAUUGACCUCUGCUCCCCUUGUUAGUCAUGGUUACUGUGUCUGAGACUUCAUGUCCACUGUGUUGAUGUGAGACGGUAGGGCCUGUACAGCACAAAGGGUACCAACAAAAUCAGACUGACUCUAAUGACUUUAAUAUUGUAUAAAAAGCAUGCACUCAAUAUAUUCAAUGCCUCACAGCGAGUGAUAUUAAGUCAUCGCCCCCUUGUGGGUACUGGUGGCAUUGUAAUAGGACUCUACAGGCUGGUUGAUUGGGGGAGGAGGGUGCAAGGCAAUACAAGCAAGGUGGCUUUGUAGAGCUGACUGAAGCACAAAUUAUAUAAAUUAUACAGUGAAGGCGUAAUUCUCAUAUACCUGUGAAACCUGGAAAGUGAAUCCAUGAAUAAUUAGUUUAAGAAAUAUGAUAAAAAAUCAGAUUGUGGGUUUCCACUUCUGUCAUGCUGCUGUUGUUGAAUUGCAAUAAGUUGGGCCUCUCUGAGUUCCAGAGGCAAGAUUUGACUGUUACCCUCAGAAAGUCAGCAAAAUUCACAUCACAAAAAAAUGUUAGACUGCUCUGGCUCCCCCUGGCUCUGUGAGGUUUUGGGGAUGUGCAAAUUAAACCUAAACAAUAAGAAAAUGUACUUGUCCUCUCCCCCAAAGAAGCACACACAGGAAAUAUUAUGGCACUAGUGUGCACUUUUUCUGUAUGUUAUUUUGUUUUUAGAAAUUAAAGAGUAUUGACUGAAAAAGCCUCAAUACCUUAGAUGUCAUGCACUGGUUCAGGGACAGGAGCCAUGCUGGAGCCCGUCUGGCCCAGUAUGGCUUUUCCUUGCUGACCAAGCACAGGAAAGAUUUAAUAUAAAGAGCUGAUAUAAAAAAUACAGAAAGCAUACAAGAGUAUAUAACAUAUAAAUAUAACACAAGUCCUGUUUGUGUAUGAAACUAAUAUAUAGUGUGAAAGUGUGAAAUACAUAGAAUAAAUAUUAUGUAAUGUAAAAUUAAAAUCCUCAUCUUUUGCUUUUUUUAUAUUCAAAGCUUUUUUGUACAGUUUUUUUAAUCGGGAUGGUAUACCAUAUUAACAGAUACUUUAACUCACAACCAAGACCUCUUCAGUAGUGAGUGGACUAACAUUUUUGUAUCUAGUCUCAAAUAAUUGUGUUUGUGUGUGUAUUUAUAUAUAUAUAUACACACACACACACACACAUAUAUAUAUAUAUAUAUAUAUAUAUAUAUAUACACACACACAGUACAGAUAAAUCAGAUGCGGUGUAAACUGUUUGCAAAAUCUGAAUUUGGAUUGUAUUUAUUUUCUAUUGAUUUGCAGAGUGUGGUGUGUCAAUAGUCUUCUUGAAUUCACUGUUUAUUUUUUAAUUGACAUUGUCAUUCUUUUGCCAACAGCAUCUGAUAGUUUUUGUAUUUUAUAUACGUGUGUGUUUAUUGAUGGAGAUGUACAGUGAAGUCUCUGAGGUACCCAGACAGCAUUUAAAAUCAUCUGUGUCCCAUGUUCACAUCUGUACUCAGAAUUCAGGAAGCAGGUGAAUUUGUGAUUAAUGACUACAUCUGAAGUGCUUUUAGAAAGAGAAAGAUUUUCUUCUCUUUAUGUGUGUGAAAAGUCAUUUUGUUAUAAUAGAAUUGCAAUUUCUUAUCAAGGUGGGUUAAUGUUUCUGAAAUCUGCAUUUGGAUGCUAUAGUUCAUCUGCUCGACUGACUGCUCUCAGUCAGUUAUCCCUCUCUGGUCUGGCUCUUCUGUCUGUCAGGGUUACUGAGAAAACUUCACUGCUGUUCACGGGUUGCACUGUGUAUGAUGCUGACAUGAUGUCUGGUAUCAAAUCAGCAUUACUUGUCACACUGCCUGGUGCUCAACCUCCUGGACCCUAUAUCUUGUAAUUGAGUUUUUUUGUACCCUGCCAUUAGUUCUUUUACUGUUACUGUUUUCUGCUGUUGUAACCUUGUAAGUGAGACACAUCCACUGUAAUGGGCUAUGCUGUAGGCCGUGAUUGGACAGAUACUGCAAUCAUGAUGCUUCCCAUUGGAAACCGAAGCACAGUCUUAACAGUAUGUACUUCAUGCUAUAAGCUCUAAAUGAAGCAGCUUUAGGACUGGAACUAGGGUCGUCUGUAUGCACAUCAGUACUGCACCCUUCAGUGGUCGAGACUGAUGCACCUUAUACUUGACCUGUGUGUUUAAUUAGAACGGUAUUUCCAUACUAACAGAUCCAAUUCCUCACAGCCACGACCACUUUAGUGAUUGGAAUAAGGUUUAUUAUAUUUGGCUGCAAAUAAAUGUGUGCACCGCUUCCUUACCCGAGUGCACCCUAGAACCAGCUGACCCCAAGCAGACUGGGGAAACCAGAAUCCAAUCUCUCUCCUGUUUCCUAUUUAAUUCAUGGUCAAUAGGAGUUAUGAAGUACUUUAUCUUUGGAAAUGGCACACUUCAAAAAUCUGACUUUUUGUAACCUAAAAAAACUUUACGCUUCACUUGCAGAUUUUCAUAUGAAUGUGUGAGUGGAUUAAACUCAUAGCAGUGGAAUAAAGAUUCACCUGUAAAUACACUGAAUCAUCCUGAAAAAAAAGUCCACAGUACUUUAUGUCAAACAUGUCUUUGGGGUUAAAUUUAAAUGAAAUAUAUGAUGGUUAUAAUGCAUGUGUAUUUUGAGAAACUGCACGGCACAAAAUUUGGUCAACAAUAGUUUUUUUUUUUUAAUAUAUAAAUGUCAAGUUCUAAAAGGUUUAAAUCUAUCAAGAUUUUUAUUUUUUUAAUACUCCAUGUAUAGUGGCAAAGGCAUGAUGUGUUUACUGUGGUCUUUAAGGAAAGAGCAUUGGAUUUGACUAAUAUGAGACCAGGGGUGUUUGAUGCUGUUCCCAUGAGCAAACUUUUUAUUUUUUUGAGAGUGAUGUUUCUGUCUGUAGAGUAGUGUGAUUAUGAAUGAUGAAGAAAAAUAAAUCAUUAAAAUGCAUAAUAAUAAAUCAAUGUGGUUGCCAUGGUGAUCUCUUACAAAUGUAAAUCUCCUGUGGGCAAACGCCAGUGACAGUGGGCUUAUUUUGUAAAUAAUUGCUGUCUGUGUACCUAAUAAAGUGCAGCUCCCUUGUAA